AAGGAUGUAAUGACUCCUCUGUGGACAGAUUAUGCUCUGAGAGGGUCUCUUUUAGCUUUUUACCCCUUUCUUGUCCUCUGUUUCCUCCUGUUUCGGUCUUUCUUCUACCGGAUCACCUCAGAGACCCGAUACCACCAUGUCCUUGGCGUUCUGUGGCAACGACAACAACUCGGCCGCGUACAACGUGGACACUGGUGUCCUCAACAACGGCUGCUUCCUGGACGCCCUCACGGUGGUGCCGCACGUCUUCCUGCUCUUCAUCACUUUUCCUAUCCUCUUCAUCGGUUGGGGGAGUCAGAGCUCCAAGGUGCACAUCCAUCAUAGCACUUGGCUGCACUUCCCCGGACACAACCUCCGCUGGAUCCUCACCUUCAUCCUGCUCUUCAUCAUCGUCUGUGAAAUAGCCGAGGGCAUCGUGUCCGACGGGUUUAAUCAGUCGGUCCACUUGCACCUCUAUAUGCCAUCAUGUUUGGCCUUCAUGGCUGCCAUUACAUCAAUCGUCUUCUACCACAACAUAGAGACCUCCAACUUCCCCAAACUACUGAUGACUUUGCUCAUUUACUGGGUUCUGGCGUUUGUCUCUAAAACAAUCAAGUUUUUCAAGUACACGGAGCACGGCAUCGGCCUGAGACAGCUGCGCUUUGGGAUCACAGGCUUACUGAUGCUGCUAUACGGCCUGCUGUUGGCCGUAGAGAUCAAUGUCAUCCUGAGGAGGCGAUAUAUGUGUUUUGCACACCCCACUGAAGUGAAGCCCCCAGAGGAUUUACAGGACCUGGGGGUUCGAUUCCUGCAGCCCUUUGUGAACCUGCUGUCUAAAAGCACAUACUGGUGGAUGAACACCUUCAUCACUGCAGCACACAGACGCCCCAUCGAUUUGAAGGUCAUUGGCAAGCUACCAAUUGCUAUGAGAGCUCUAACUAACUACCUGAAGCUCAGCGAGGCCUUUGAAGCCCAGAAGAGGCCUCAAGGCACUCUGCUGCAGGGGCCCAAGUGUAUUUGGACGGCUCUGCGACAGGCCUUUGGAAGACCUCUGUUUCUCAGCAUCACCUACCGUUUCAUGGCAGAUCUGCUUGGCUUUGCCGGGCCGCUCUGCAUCUCAGGCAUCGUGCACCAUCUCAGUAAAGAGAACCACACCAUUCAGCCACCGGUGAAGCAUCUUGGAAUCUACUUCAUCUCCUCCCAGGAGUUUCUUGCUAAUGCUUACGUCCUCGCCGUGCUGCUGUUCUUCGCUCUGCUCCUCCAGAGGACUUUCCUCCAGGCCUCCUACUAUGUUGCCAUCGAGACUGGAAUCAACCUGAGAGGAGCCAUUCAGACAAAGAUCUUCAAUAAAAUAAUGCAUCUCUGCACCGCCAACAUGUCCAUGGGGGGAAUGACAGUGGGCCAGAUCUGCAACCUCGUUGCCGUAGACACCAACCAGCUGAUGUGGUUCUUCUUCCUGUGUCCCAACCUGUUCGCAAUGCCAGUUCAGAUCAUAGUGGGAGUCAUCCUCCUGUACUACCUCCUGGGAAUAAGUGCCUUGAUAGGGGCCACGGUCAUCACCCUCCUGGCUCCGGUGCAGUACUUUGUGGCGACCAAGUUAUCAGAUGCACAGAAAAGCACAUUGGAAUAUUCCAGCGAGCGGCUGAAGAAGACCAAUGAAUUGCUGCGGGGUAUCAAACUCUUGAAGCUGUAUGCCUGGGAGCACAUCUUCUGCUCGAGCGUGGAGGAGACCCGGCGCAAAGAGCUCACCAGCCUGCAGACCUUUGCCCUCUACACCUCCAUAUCCAUGUCGUUUGGUUUGGAGGAAGUGGCGAAAACUGUUCAGCAGCAAAUCCGCUCGGAGGCAAGAGAUGGUGUGUCGUUUGGUUUGGAGGAAGUGGCGAAAACUGUUCAGCAGCAAAUCCGCUCGGAGGCAAGAGAUGGUGUUUCUCACACUGCUGAAUGUAGGAUUCACUCAACUGUGGCACUUCCAGCUCAAGCUGUUCACAAGAGCAAUG